AAAGGAGUAUUGAAUCAGUUACCAAUCACGCUUCAUAUGAAACUUGAGUAACUUGAAAAACGAAAAAAGUGUUGAUCGUAUUAUUUUUUUCACCAUGGCCAAGUUAUUGAUCUUAGUACUUUUGGUUGCAAUUGCUGCAGCAGUCUUGUCUGCUCCAACUGAAGAUGACUAUUCUCAUCAUCCUGAGAAAUAUGGAUCUCAACCGGAAUCCGGAAACGUUAGAUUAUCUCGAGCUACUUGUGAUCUUCUCUCAGGCUUAGGUGGCAAUGAUUCUCUUUGCGCACUCCAUUGCUUGGCUAAAAAGUUCAAAGGAGGUUGGUGCGAAAAAGGAGUUUGUCAUUGCCGCCGCUAAUGACAUAUUUAAGUUAUACUGAUUCAUGUUGAAAGUACUGUUUGAAUCGUAAUUUUUCAAUUUUAUACUGUAAUGUAGCAUUCACUUGUCUACUUGAUUUGAAUUUAUCGAACAAAAUAAAAACAACUUCAUUUAAUUACAUCAACGUUUAAUUUAUAAAUUAAAGUAUGUAUAUUUUCAAAAUAUAUAUUUCGUAACAAAUAUAUGCAAACGUGUGAAAGUAGAUUGAAUGACUUUGUCUACUGAAAUUUGAAAAAAUAACGUUUGUUGAACUAUGGGAAUGAGAUAUUUUGAAGAAAAGUCUUACUACACUGUUUUACAUUUACUGUCUUCAAAAUUUUGUAGUUAUUUUUUAUUGACGGUAAGAAUUUCGUUUGAGAUUGCACUCAUCAUAAGGGUGUUAAAAUUGGUUUUCAUAGUCGCGCCUUACUACUUAAUGAACUUGUUAUUGUCAUUUAGCAUAAGCAAGGUGAUCUUAAGCCGUAAGCAUGGAAAGUACUUUAAACUAAAUAAUGGUAGCACUGGACUAUGAAUACUACCUCAAAUCUGACAAUUUUUUUUCAGUCAUUAAUAUUUUUAUACAAUAUAAAAAAAGCAACUUUCCAACUCUUGAUGAUCUGUCAAUAAUUCUGAUAACAAAGGUUUCUCGUUAGCUUGCUAGGGAAUCAAAGAGCCUCAUAUAAUACAAAUCGAAUUUAAAUUACAUAGUCGAGACUAGUUUAAUUCGAGGCUCAUUGAGGCACUGAGGAUCUUUGAGCAUUAUUUGAGGCUUUUUGAACAUCAUUUGUGGCUCAAAUUGCUUUUUUUACUCAGUUAGGCUGAAUUGAGGCUAUAUUAUGACUCGGGAUUUCUUUCAAGAAUAAUAAUCUUUAUAAAUCUAACUUUUCUAUUAUAAAGUUGUAAUUUACGUAAAAUUGUUGAUAUUGAUGAAGCCAUAAAUAAUCAUCAUAUAAGCUAUUAAAAGGUUAUCACUUGGCUUCAAUGUAUCUAAUGAACAUGUAUGUGAUUGAACUUGAUCUAUCAGUGACACUGUUAAGCAAGACAUUGUUUGUGAAUGUCUUCAUAAAUAUAACUGAACACUUUUCAUAUAUCAGUAUAUUUUUUUCAUGAUUAACUGAUAAUCGAUUUGUAUAAUGGUUGAGAACCCAGGUUUUGGCGUUCAAUAUAUAUCAAGCCGAGAAGGAAUUUUUGAAUCAGUUACCAAUCACGCUUCUUAAGAAACUUGAUUAACUUGUAAAACGGAAAAACAGUUUUCAUAAUAUAUUUUUUUUCACUAUGGCCAAGUUACUGAUCUUGUUACUUUUGAUUGCAACUGCUAUAGCAGUCUUGUCCGCUCCAAGUCAAGACGAGAAUUCUCCUCAUCAUCUUGAUAAUGGAUCUCAACUGGACAAUGAAAAAUUUCAUUUUCCUCUACUAACGUGUGGUACUUCCAACGGCAACAGUUUCGCUACUAUUGUUUGCAUGGCUUUUUGUCAAACUGUGAACCAAACCUCAGGCAAUUGCGAUAACGGCGAAUGUUUAUGUAUUUAACAAUACCAUUUUGAAGAUACAUCGAUUCCUGUGUAAACACUUUUGGAAUUAUCAUUAUCGAAUACAGAAAUUAAAUUUUUGAUACUUUAUAUUGUAAUGUAGUGUUUAUUAGUAUGCUUGUUUUGAAUUAAUUGAAUAAAGUAUAUACAACUUCAUGA